AUGCUCUCCUACCUUAUACGCUCUUUCACCAACUGUGGUAGAAUGAUGGCCCAAGUUCAACAGCCUUUCCUGCUGCAGACCAGGUCAUUAAUGAAAACUCAUAAAGGCACAGCCAAGAGAUGGAGGAAAACUUCGACAAGCUUCAAGAGGGGCCGUGCUGGGAGGAACCACGGUAACGCUGGAUGGGGAAAAUCAACUUUGAAGUCUUUGGAUGGCAAAACGAUGGCUCAUUCCACUCACGUUAAGCAUUUGAAGAGACUGUUGCCGUACCAUUGA